GAAAAUCACGUGACAAAAUGUUGAUUCAGAAUAAUAAUCAUGGAACAAUCAUCCGAAUCAUCAUCGAUGAAGAAAAUGGAAGAUGACAAAAAAUUCGGCCAGAGUGCACGAAAAUUAACCAAAGAAGAAAUAGAUAAACUUAAUUCCGAUACGGAAUUGAUUUCCGAUUUUCGGCAACGAAAAUUGGAACAAGAAUGUAAGAAAAAUUGGGAUCUUUUCUACAAACGAAAUGAAGAUCGUUUUUUUCGUGAUCGUAAUUGGACGACCAGAGAAUUCCAUGAACUAUUAGAACUAUCGGCCGAAACCAACGAUGAUCGUCAAUUACGUUUGUUAGAGGUGGGCUGUGGUGUUGGAAAUUUCAUUUGGCCAUUACUUGAAAGUGGAUUACCAUUUCAAUUUUAUGCCUGUGAUUUUUCUCCACGUGCUAUAGAUUUAUUACGCAAAAAUGAACGAUACGAUCCAAAACGAUGUCAUGUAUUUCAGGCAGAUAUAACCGAACCGAAUGGAAUUGGUCGAAAUUUAUCAUCAUCAUCAUCAUGUGACAAUGAAAACUUAAAAUUUGAUUUUGUCGCCCUAAUAUUUGUAUUAUCAUCAAUUCAUCCCUGUAAAAUGCCGUUAGCGUUGAAGAACAUAUCGGAUGUACUGGAUGAUGACAGAGGAAUACUCAUAUUUCGUGAUUAUGGCCUUUAUGAUCAUUCUAUGCUUCGAUAUUCAAAUGGACAUAAAUUGGAUGAAAAUUUCUAUGUACGACAGGAUGGUACUCGAACUUAUUACUUUUCAAUUGAUGUCAUGAACAAAUUGGCACAAGAAUCCGAUCUGGAAGUGAUUCAAUUGAACUAUAUACAAAGAGAAACGAUAAAUAUCAAAGAAAAUUUAUGUGUUCCAAGAAUAUUUUUGCAAGGAAAAUUUCGAAAAAAACGAAAAUCAUCUUACACCCAUUGAAUCUAGUAUGAUAUGAGUUAUCAGUUAUUUAUUAAUUUUUAAUGACAAAAAUUGACAUUCAACAACCGAAAUUUAUUCAAGAUAUAAUAAUAAUGAAAAUAAUUCUAAUGGAAAA